AUGAGGAAGAAACUGGAAGAUUCCCAAGCUAAAGAUAGGGAGAUCUCUACCGAGAAGAAAUCUCUACAUGACUCUUUGGAUAUCAUUCUUCUUCGCCAAAAAGAUUUGGAGAAUGAUGUCUCAGAUUUGACUGAUGAACUGCUGGGAGGUCAUUCAAGAGGGCUAAAGAGCAAGUUCUGCCGCCGUGAAAGGUCUGCUGCCGUGAAAGGGUCUGCCGCCGUGAAAGGGUCUGCCGCCGUGAAAGGUCUGCCGCUUCAACAAAACACGCCUGUGUCCGCAUCUUCUGUUCAUGCCAUGGACAUGACCGAUGCUGUGAUUGUCAAAUCUAGUAGGUUGAAAUCAGUCGUAUGGAAUGAUUUUGACAGGAUUAAAAAAGGCGACACAUGUGUCGCUGUCUGUAGGCAUUGUAAAAAGAAGCUGAGUGGUUCCAGUACCAGUGGAACAUCACAUCUAAGGAACCAUCUAAUCAGGUGUCAGAGAAGGUCUAACCAUGGUCUAGCGCAAUACAUUACAGCGAGAGAAAAGAGAAAGGAAGGGACUCUUGCAAUUGCGAAUUUCAAUUUGGAUCAAGAUUCAAACAAAGAUGAUACCCUUAACCUUGUGAAUAUCAAAUUUGAGCAGACACAGUUGAAAGAAGAAUCUCUCAACGCAGGAACUAGUAACUUUGAUCAAAGGCGUAGUCGAUUUGAUCUUGCCCGCAUGAUUAUUCUACAUGGAUAUCCCUUGGCCAUGGUUGAGCAUGUUGGUUUCAGAGCUUUUAUAAAAAACCUACAGCCCUUGUUUGAGCUUGUUACAUUGAAUCGUGUUGAGGCUGAUUGUAUUGAGAUUUAUGAAAAAGAGAGGAAAAAGAUGAAUGAGAUGUUGGAUAAAUUACCUGGAAAGAUCAGUCUUAGUGCUGAUGUGUGGACUGCAAUCGAUUAUGCUCAGUAUUUGUGUUUGACAUCAAAUUACAUCGAUGAAUCAUGGCAGUUAAGAAGGAGGAUAUUAAGUUUUAUACGGAUUGAUCCUUCUCAUACUCAAGACACACUUUCAGCAGCUGUGAUGUCUUGUUUGAUGGAUUGGGAUAUUGACCGUAAGUUGUUCUCCAUGAUUUUGGACAGUUAUUCUACCUGUGACAACAUUGCAUCUAUAAUCGAUUGCUUUGGGAGGUAUAAGUGA